AUGAAUCAAUUUCUGCCGAUGUUAGAGUUCGAGACGCGACGUUCUUUAAAGAGGACCUUUACGAGACCUGAAGGACUCUCCAAACAUAUCCGAAAGACUUCCGGUGCCAUAAUUCUGCAAAUCUCACAUGGGUACGUGACUCAAGAAGAGAAUGACCCAUUCGUGGAGCUGGCGGAACGAACAGUGAACCAGUUUUCUCUUGCAGUGGCCUCGGGCAGUUUCUUAGCCAAUAUUAUUCCAAUCUUAACCCACAUCCCAGAUUGGUUUCCGGGGGCGGGAUUCAAACGGACCGCUCGAGAGUGGGCUUCAACCCUAAACGAAUUGGCGGCUGGAACGGCUCGUCAUUCCCUGACCUCCAGCCAUCUUGAAAAGGACGUGACUGCCGAAGAAGAGUACGAUAUCAAAUGGCUUGCAGCAUCUCUAUAUGCCGGUGGGGCUGAUACUACUGUUGCAGCUAUUUACGUCUUCUUCAAAGCAAUGCUUCUGUAUCCUGAGAUUCAGGCCAAAGCACAAGCAGAGAUCGACGCGGUGAUUGGGGAUGACAGGCUACCACGAUUCGAUGACAGGGAGCGCCUCCCGUAUGUCAAUGCACUAGCGCUCGAGGUCUCCCGAUGGCAUACCGUUGCACCUGCAGGCCUUCCUCAUUGCGUUACUGAGGAUGAUGUUCAAUUCGGUUAUUUUAUACCCAAGGGUUCCAUGGUCUAUGCGAACAUCUGGAAAAUGCUUCAUGAUCCUGCGGUAUAUGAUCAACCAUUCGAAUUCAAGCCGGAGAGAUUUAUUCGAACAGAAAGCAAGGAGCCAGAAUUUGAUCCUCAUAAAGUGGCGUUUGGAUUUGGACGGCGCAUUUGCCCAGGUAGAGUCUUAGCUGACGCCUCCAUAUUUAUUUCAUGUGCUAUGGUGUUAUCGGUCUUCACCAUUUCGAAAUACUCUGAAAAUGGUGUUGUAUUCGAACUGGACACAGAGCAUACCGCAGGUGCUGUCAGCCAUCCGACGCCGUUCAAGUGUGCAAUCAAAGUUAGGAGCGAGAAGGCUUUAGGACUUAUCAACGAAGAAAGAGUUGAUUGAGGAAUGAACGUCGUUGAUGUAAUCACAUCUCCGUCAAUUGAAG